AUGGAGGAUACCACAGUGUCUGACACAUCUGUUUCAUAUUUGAAUAUUUUACUGGAGAGGGGCGUUAAUGGUAACCUGACAGCAGGACAUUUUGUUUGUGUGGAAAAGUUCCGUUACUUCUCUGUUCUUCUCCUGAUUUGUCUUCUAAUAAUUGACCAUACGGAGUCAAGGGUUCGGAGGCGUUUGGGCCGAAACCGCCGAAACGCCAGAAAUGAUGGAAAUGGAGGAAACCGCCGAAUCGCCAGUAAUGUAAGAAACAGACGGGUCCCGGCUAAUUUCAGAAGAGCAGCAAGUGUUUUAGAAAAUUCUUUCACAGCACUUGAUUUCGCAACAACAAUUAUUGAUUUAGUUGGAACAGCAGAAGAGUUUUCGAAGCGAUCAGCAGAGAACGCAAUUCCUGAUAUAGAUAUCUGUAAAGUAAACAUGCUUGAUCUGAAUGAUGACAAUAAUAUUACCAAGGAGGAAUUGGCCAUUCUGAUUCAAAGCACAGGGCGAGAGGAGUUGGGGGAACUAUUUGAAAACCUAGACAAGAAUAAUGAUGACAUCGUUACACAGGACGAGUACACGAACUUGUAUGAAGAUGCCUGCAAAGGGAAUUUGAAAGGAGCAGAUAACCAACAAAAGGGCGAAUCAAAUGUCAAGGAAGACGAUCAACCGGAGGACACAAAUUAAAAUUUUUUGGAGGAUGAUGAAAGUUUUAAAUUUUUUUGCUUAAAUGAAAUAUAAUUCUUCAGAAUAAUUUAUGAAAUUACAUCUUUCACAAAGCAAUAUUCAUAUAAAUUGUUUCUUCACCUGCAUGAUUCUUUAGAGACAUUGAAAAUCAUCAUAGAUUACAG